AUGAAAUUUCAGUUAACUCUCUCCGAGAUCUACCAGUGGACGCAGGAGAAUUUCGCCUAUUAUCGAGGAGAGAAUCAGAGUUGGAAGAACUCGAUCCGUCACAAUCUCUCGUUGAAUCCAUCUUUUGAAAAAAUUCCGAAAGAAGGAAGUGGAAAGAAUAAAGGACAUUAUUGGGCGUUAGUUGGUAAUCAAUCUCAUUCGGAAAUUGAUCCAGCGAACUCUUUUCCUUCUCAUGAAAUCACCAAAUCCUACAUGAUCGAAAGAAAAAGAACUUUUCAAAAUGAUGACUUUAUGGAGAUUCACAGUAAACGUUUGUGCACUUCUUCACUUUCUGAUUCUCCCUCGAAGAUCUCAAUUACUUCAAGUGAUCCGACGCUGAAUGAAGUGAAUUCCCCACCACUUCCCGAAAUCGUUUUGACAUUCUCAGAGACGGGAAAUCAAAUGAUCGCAUCAACGAGUGAUUCUUCGCUUCCACCACAAGAUGAUAAACAUUUACAUGUUGAACAUUUAGUGGAUAUUGAGGGAAAUGAUAUGUGGAACGAUGGGCAAAAGGAGGGGAUUUAUGAUCGCGACUACGUGUUCCCGGACAAUUUCGAUCUUUCCAAGAGAUGGACGUUGACUGUUAUAUCCCCACCGAACACCAUCACUGGACCCAACAAGCCCCGCAUUCUCCAAAUGGUUUCAAUUUUGGUCUUGGCU